AUGACCACGGCUAACACACCCACCACCACCCCGUGGACACCAACGGGCGACACAAUCUCCAUCAAAUCCCUUCAACUCCCCCACGGCAUCAUCGCCCCGGACGUCUGGGGCAAACCGAAAGAACAGCCCGCCCUGGUCAACAUCACCCUCAACCUCCACCACGGCUUCCACUCCGCAGCCGGCGCAGACAAACUCGACGACAGCACAAUCCACUACGGCACCCUCGCCAAAAAGGUCCGCUCCUCAUGUAUCCCAAGCCAAAAUCCCGGCGACCUCUCCCACAACGUCGAGAACGCCAUCGCAGAAAUGGCGCGCAAGUCUGAAGGGAAGUUUAUUGUAGCGAGAUCGAUAGUUGAGGUCGUCCUGCCGAAAGCCAGUAUGGAUGGCGAGGGAAUUCGUUUGACGAACAUCACGCGCUACGACGAGAGUGGCAAGACUCUAGCUGUUGAGAGGAUCUUCUCAAUCGAAGCCGUCAAGAUCAUGACCCUCAUCGGCGUCAACAGCUACGAACGAAGCCAAAAGCAACCUCUAAUAACCACAAUCUCCCUGCACCUCCGGCCUGAAGCGGAAACGACCGAUUCAACGCAAACAGUCUCUCUCUUCAACCUCGAAGAGAUGCUUGUUCAGAUAAUUUCCCAAACCUCCUUCGAAACGCUCGAAACCCUCGCCGACUUCACCAUCUCCCAGCUCCGCAAGAAACUUCUCGACAAUGUCGUCCCAGGGACGCGAGUACACCUGAAAAUCGAGAAGCCGAGGGCGAUUGCGUGGGCUGAGGCGCCGAUCGUGGAGGUUGCAAGGGAUGUGCCGGUGGCGAAGUCGAAGCGGGCGACGAGGGUGGUGAGUACGGCGAGUGGGGAUGCGCCGGAGGUCGUGACGGCGGCUGAGGGAGGGAAUGGGGAGGGGAGGUUGAGGAUUGUGAAGCCGUAUAGUGGGUGA